UAUCAACUCUGUCACUAAUGGCGGGAGAGGGGGAUGACCUUCUACCAGAUGGUGGAAAUAUCCACAACCACUCACUGCAAUUGGCACAUAACAGCGCUCUCAGCACCUUGAGUCUGAUGCUGGACGAGCAAUCUAUUCUCGAUGUAGCUGCAUCUUUAGAUAUCGACAACGAACAUUUCAUGCCAACGUCGGCUUCUAUCAAUAAGGGGGCGACGUAUGAAGAUAAUUGUCCUCCUCCCGGAACGGAUAAAAGUUUGAAUGAGAAUUCAAUCCUUGUGAAGCCUGAAGAUGCGGAAGCUGUUGUAGAUGAAGAAACUGAUGAAAAAGAAGGAGAAGACGCUGAUGCCGAAGGACAGUUAGAGGCGUUAGAGGAGUUUCGCGAUCGUUUGGUGACAGAGCUUCUGCAGCACGAAGACAAAGAACGUCAAAGUCAGGAUACAACAGGAACAGCUGGAGAAGAAGCAGAAGAACAAGAACAAGGCGACAAUGAAUUGUCGAUGUUGGAGAGUAAAAAAGCGACCCCAUCUUCAGAGCACCGGGAUGACCCAUCAUCAAGAACACGUACUUACCCAUCCGAUUGGGGCAUCAAGGACAUUCUUGCCCACUUGCCCUACAAUGGGCUUCUUCCUCCUCUCAAAGGCAGGUGGCAGCGACCUAGCAAACACUUCUUUCAUCGGACUGGUGAAUUUUUAGAGCGUCUCGAAAGGGAACGCAUAGAGCAUGCUACGCAGAAGAAGCAGAAAAAACAGAAGGACGCCCUCAACGCUUCCAGGAAGGAAGAGCAGGCUCUUCAAGGCAUGGAUCCGUUCCAGCAGUUUUUGAGAGGCAUUGCGUUGGAGGAACUUCUGAGAUUGCGAUCAGAAGAGUCCUUGCGGGCAGACUUGGCGAGCGAGAGUAAAAUGUUCCACAAGCUUUACGGAGGAGCAGGUGCGGCGGGGAAUAACCCAAUUUUGGAUGAAGAAACACUCUUCGAACUGAGAAUGUACUACAAUCAAAGCAUGCUGUCGGCGAUAGAAAAGAGACAAAAGCAUGUUAGGGUACUUGUUCAUUUUUACUUCACCUUAUGAUGUUUUUUUCUUGUUCGUAUCUAUAAAUAUUAUCUUGUUCACCUUCUCAUGUUCGUUGGUGUCGCGUGGUUAGUUUGGCCCUCGUCGCAGUGGUUGACUUUCAAUCUCUGCUCUCAGGAAAAAGGCCCUAUUCAUGAUCUCGCUCUCGAUGUUGAUUAAAGCAUCAGAAUUUAUCUCGUCUAUGCAUCACCCCACAGCAACACGACGACCGCAUGAUCGAGGAGAGUGCGGAGGCCAUUGCUCGCAGUGAUUUCUGGCGUGAAGUGCAAGAAGAAGCUGUGCGUCAAGGAAAAGUAAAGGGCAGCAAGAAAAUGCUGAAUCGGAUGCAAAAAGAGGAUUACUUGUCUGUGAUCAAGAGUCUGAACGCGGUUCUGAACAGUUCAGUGGCAGAAUCCAAAGCCUUGACGAAGAUGCAGGGGGAAAAGAAGAGCAAAAGAAGACUCGUGCAAGUGGAUUCGAGCAUGAAGUCGAAGUUACAGGAAUCCUUUGGGGGCUUAGCGAAGGGACUGAGGGCAAGUCUACAGCAAGAAGGAGGUGACCCAAUGUACAACUCAACAGCCGAUAAUACGUUUGUUUCAAGCAGCAAUACAGCUCAACCUGUUGUGGAAACUGCGGCACCAGCGGUUGAAGAGGAAGCUGCUUCGGAUGCGCAAGCAGCGGAAAGCGGUAACAUAAUUCCUAGUGGCACUUCUAAAAAGAAGAAGAUGUCCUCCUUUUCUCCGUCGUCUUCCCCGAAGGGUGGCGCUAGGGGACAGGCAGUUCCCGGAGAUGGAGGCGAUACAACUUCUACUGAAGACGGCGACUCAUCGGAGGACGAAGUUGGCGCAGCCUUGAGCAGAAUGGAGAAAGAGGCUCAGAAAAGGUCUGCCCAAGUUCGGUCGCUCGGUAAGAACGCGGCAACGGCGUCAGCUAGGGCAGCUAGUGUCGGAGAGGACGGCUCUGGCGGAGAGAAGAUGAGUACAAGUGUGUGGCGGAAGUUACGGAACGCAAGAAGGUUACGUAGUGGUGCAGUGAUGGGUGGCAUAUUAUUUGGGGGAGGUGCGGCUGGAACAGGUGGUGGUACUAGUCCGACAACUAGUGCGAAUGCGUCACAGAUGAGAUGACGACGUAAUGUGGUGUUGAGUGCUCCUUCUUAGGCACGGCAUUUGGAAUGGCAUUGGCAAUUGAGACGCUUGUUGGGCCAUAUUACAUCAAGUGGAUGCUCCCCUAUGUUGUACUUUUUUUACCCGAAGACCAUGAAGACAACAACUAAUAGAUACCUUUCAACAGGAUCAUAUCAAA